GAGGAGAGUGAUGAAUUGCAUGCGUCUUCUCUUCACGCUUAUUGUGCUUUCUCCUUUGUAAAUCUCUAAACUUUCUCUCUUAAAAGUGAGUUCUACUAACUUUAUUACCGUUUCUUUAUUUCCUCAUACUCUUAUUUGAUUUCUACACAUUACGCUUAUCAUGGACGCCCUUUUGUUACGAUCAAUAUAUAUGAUUUUCAAUAAGGAGAUGGAGAGAAUGAUGACCCAUCUCAGAAGACUCCACAUAUCCAGGAUCUUCAUAUAUAUUCUGAGAUUAAGCUGGUAUCUACUCCAUCUAUUGGUCAGCAUCAUGCAUACUGGGUCUUAUCUGAUCCAAGUUAUGAAAUGGUAUAUAAUUUCAACAGGGUUUCUGCAAAAGUAUCGAAUGCUCCCAUUACAUAAACUUCAGUACUUGGCAGUUGUGAUAGAUAGCGCAGAAGCUGAAAAUGCUACACAAAUCAAACAGCUUUUGCAUUGGUUAUUAGAUAUCGGUGUAAAGUAUAUAAUGUUGUAUGACAUGGAAGGAGUGCUGAAACAAUAUCUGGAGACUUAUCUGAUUAGCUUGGCUAAUUCAAGCUUGGCUAAUUCCAGCUGUAAUGCUAAACCAUGCACUGAUACUUCUUUGAAGAAUGCGAUCACACGUGUUCGUUUUGAAAAAACAACAAUAGAGUUGCUUUCUUCCUCUGAUUGUAAACAAGGAGCUGCUAAAGCUGCUAACUUCCUACUUUCCAAUUAUUUGAAAGGUGAUACAGAAGGCUGCAAUAAGACAGAGCCAACAUUCACAGAAGCUGACAUAUCUGCUGCUUUGAAGUCAGUCGGCUUUGAUGGACCGGAGCCUGACCUACUUCUUGUUUAUGGACCUGCUAGAUGCCAUUUAGGAUUUCCUGCAUGGAGAAUGCGUUACACAGAGAUUGUACAUAUGGGCCAUUUGAAAUCAAUGAAGCGUGGAGCCAUUAUAAAAGCCAUUUACGACUUUACAAACAAGCACCAAAACUAUGGGACAUGAGACGGAGCUGGUCAGAAUAUCUGAAAGGACUUUGUGGCGAACGUCUAAAGUUUUCGUUCUUAUAGGACUUAUAAUACAUCGGAAGAAGUGUGCAGAUUUUUGGAAAUCUGAAAUAUUUUCUUCAUCCCUCCAGUUAUAUCUUCUUGAGCUGAAGAGCAUAUUAUUAGAAGCAUCGUGUAACUUAGUUAUGGAUAUGAUCAAUUGAUCAAUUGCAUUCCAUCUUCAAUGUAGAAAAACGAAUGAGCUUCUUAUGAUAGUUGACUUGCUAUUUUUCUGUUCU